UCAUGCCAUGCUGGGCCACAAGGGCUCCGGGAGACGCUGCUACAUAUUACCGAGAACCGGGAUGGAGGAGAGGCGGAGGGGGGAAGAAAAAAGUUUCGUUUAAACCUGGCAGAGAAACUUUCAACAUGAAGCCUCACUGACGCACCAUUUCGACACCACCACCAGAGCUAGAACAAAGCUUGCUUUUCCACUGAAUACAUUUUCCUCCUCCCAGCUUGUGUUUUUCUUCCCUCUUGUAUUAUUCUCCGUGCGUGCACGGCUGGUCGGGGCUCGCUGUCAUUGCGCGCUGAGAUGUUGGAGUGACCAUGGCUGCGCAAGUUGCAUCGGCUCCGACCAGAACUAAUAACACAAAUAAGAAAUUGUCAAGCGGUUUGUGUCCGGAGCUCAAUUCGGGGAAAUCAGGAGGAGGAGGGACCGUACAGCGGACUGUACCGAUGCUGGGCUCCGGAGAUGGGACUCUGAAUAAUGUAGACCAUCACCGCCGAAACGAGCUCAACAUGGUUCAUUCAACUUCCACGACUCACAACGCUUCGGACGGCCACGACAAAGAUGGGAAUAACCUCACGUCCGCAUCGGCUUCGACUAAUUCCUCCACUUCCUCGAUGGAAACGGGUUUGAUUGCGAACCACAAGCUGAAAUGUGUGGGGAGCGGAGAUCCCCCUCAGUCUCAGCCGCCGCAGCAGCAGCAGCAGCCGCCGCAGUUCGGACAAUUUGCGCCACAUCAGCAGCGACAGAUCCAAAGUAACAACAUCGCCAACAACAACGGCCAGGGGCCCCGUGGGGACAGGGGGAUGGAUCACCAGCACCAUGGCGGCAAAGAGAACCUGUUGGGGGGCCAGGGAGAGCCACAGCAACACAUGCCAGGAAAAGGUGAGGGGGAGCUCACCUGUAAACCCGCGGAGAGGAUGAUGGGUACCAGGUAUGAACACUCAAACUUGGGGCCAACUAGUAACAACUCUGAGUUUAAUAACAACUAUUACACUCCGAGGCCUUGUUAUGAGCAACAUGGCGGACAGCAGCAGCAGAGUAGUGGGAUGGGGAUAACGCACUCUUCGGCACAGAACAGCAUGGAGAACUCCCACGAAGCGGGGUACCAGAACAGCCAGUACAAUCAGUACCCGGCGUACAGGGCAGGCUACGGCGGAGGGGCCUACGGGAUGAUGGGCCCCACCGGAGGCAGACAACCUGGGAACAUGAUGAUGGGCAGCAACUCCUCAGCAAGCCACAGCAAGUCCCCUCUGGGAGCUGCUUCGGGGGGCUUUCAGAGGUUCCCGGGACAAACUCAGCAGCAGCAACCGCAGCAGCAGCAGCAUCCCUCAGGGGCCACCCCGACUCUAAACCAACUGCUGACGUCCCCCAGCCCCAUGAUGCGGGGCUAUGGCGGUGCAUAUCAAGACUACAGCGGCCCCACGGCGCAGCAGCAAGCAGGCAUGGGCCUAGGGAAAGACGUGGGGCCCCAGUACGGAGCCAACUCGGCUCAUGGAUGGGGAGGGCAGCAGAGAAACCAUCCGCAAAUGAGUCCAGGGAAUGGAGGGCAAGGCCUCGGCAGGGCUCAGGUGUCCUCCAUGGACUUCAUGGCUAUGAAGCGCUCGCAGCUGUACAGCAUGGCCAACAAUGCCUACUCCAGCCAACAGCAAGGGGGCGGGCCUUACCCUCCAAACCAGCCAUACACAUCGCCUCCCCCGCACAGAUAUCCAAUGAGCAUGCAGGGGAGGCCUCAAAUGGGCAUGGCCGGGAUGCAGUACCCUCAACAGCAGCAGGUGGCGCCAUAUGGACAGCAGGGAAUGGGGGGCUUCAGCCAGCAGCAACAGGCGGGGCAGCAGGGGAACCCUCCGUACUUCAGCCCCCCCCAGCAGACCCCGCCAGGACCCGCUCAAAGCCCCUACCUGCAGCCUCGACCACCCCCCCAACAGGAGGCCCAGCAGGAGACGUAUGGCCCUAGGGGUCCAGCCCCAGGGAACUCUGGGAAGGUCAACAACGAGGAUGGCGUCCCCCAGGACCGCCCAUCCAGUCUCCCGGAAAGUGACGUCCUCUCUCUGGGAGUUUCCUCUCAUCGAUCCUGGUGGAAGGACCACUUGCCGGGCUGUGAGGGGGGGGAUCCUCCCUCCGCUGGGUGGCAGAAAACCCCAAAUAACCAUCAGAACCAUCAGAACCAUCAGGACCAUCAGGACCAGCAGAACCACCUGGAGCUGGGCUGCUGGCUGCGGCACCAGAACAUCGAGGUUCUGCACUGCGUCCUGCAGCUCGUCCUCGCU